GGUGUUCUGUCAAAGAAAACCAUAUUUGCAAGAAACAAAAAGCAAAAAAAAGAAAAUCUUAAUUUACGGUUUGGCCCAGAUCCAACACUCACUCCUUAAUUAGGCUUUUGUUUCAUUGGUUCUCAACCUCAACCUCUGCUCUGUUUCUUAACCACAUUUUGCUUAUUUUAAUAUAAUUCUGUUUCUAAAAUUUCUUCUCAACAAAACUCAAUCUCUCUCUCUCUCUCUCUCUCUCUCUCUCUCUUUUUGUGUUCUUCGCAUUGCGGCACUUGAAGUGCCACUUAAAUUUUUUGAAAUAAAAUGUGUAAUUUGGUUUGAUUCAGAUCAAGUCAAUCUUACAGUGAUUAUUACUGUUUGCACUGCAUUGUGUGAAAUCAAAGAGAGAAAAAAAAAAUGGGAGAGAAAUCGAGGUCUAGAGGAUGGUGUGGUUGGAUCAUUGUUCUGAUAGUACUGGCUGUGGUUGUUGCUGCGGUUGUGCUCACAAUAAAGAAGAAAUCGAAUCACUCCAAUGAGGCUGCUCCGGUGCCUGGUCCUCCCGGAGCUCCUGUUAAGAAAUACGGUGAUGCUCUCCAAAUCGCUAUGCAAUUCUUCGACGUUCAAAAAUCCGGUGAGUUGGUAGAUAACAAGAUAACUUGGAGAGGGGAUUCGGCUCUAAAAGAUGGAAGCGAAGAAAAUUUAGAUCUGUCAAAAGGAAUGUACGAUGCUGGGGAUCACAUGAAGUUUGGUUUUCCGUUGGCCUACACUGCCACCAUGUUGUCUUGGGCCAUCCUUGAGUAUGGAGAUCAGAUGGAUACAGUGAAGCAGUUGGAACCAGCUAAAGACUCACUCAAGUGGAUCACCGACUACCUAAUCAAUGCUCAUCCUUCAGCAAAUGUUCUCUACGUUCAGGUGGGUGAUCCUGAAUCGGAUCAUAAAUGUUGGGAGAGGCCUGAAGUAAUGACUGAGAAGAGGCCACUCACCCAGGUCAACACAUCUUCUCCAGGAACUGAUGUUGCAGCUGAAACUGCAGCAGCUAUGGCUUCAGCAUCUCUGGUGUUUAAGAAAAUUGACUCCAAAUAUUCAAGCACGCUCCUUACACAUGCUAAACAACUGUUUACUUUUGCUGACAAAUAUAGAGGUUCUUAUAGUGAGAGCAUCCCAGAUGUCCAAACCUACUACAAUUCAACAGGAUAUGGAGAUGAGCUCUUAUGGGCAGCUAGUUGGCUCUAUCAUGCUACAAAGGAUCAAAUGUACCUUCAGUAUGUGACUGAACAAAAUGGAAAAUCCUAUGCUAAUUGGGGAAGUCCAACGUGGUUUAGUUGGGAUAACAAGCUUGCAGGAACACAGGUUUUGCUGUCCAGAAUAAUCUUCUUUGACACCAAAGGCCUCUCAGACUCUAGCCAAUCUGGUAUUCAAAUGUACAGAAUGACAGCUGAGGCUGUCAUGUGCGGUCUCCUAUCAGAUUCUCCAACAGCCACAAGCAGCAGAACCGAUGGUGGUCUUAUAUGGGUCAGUGAGUGGAACGCUCUGCAGCAUCCUGUGGCUUCUGCAUUCUUAGCUGCCCUUUACAGUGAUUACAUGCUUACAAGCCGGACUGCACAUCUCAAAUGCAAUUCAAAUUCCUUCUCCCCAGCAGAUCUUCGGAAAUUUGCCCAAUCUCAGGCUGAUUAUGUCUUGGGUAGCAAUCCUUUGGAAAUGAGUUUCCUUGUGGGGUAUGGUGAUAAAUACCCAAAAUAUGUGCACCAUAGGGGAGCUUCAAUCCCGGCUAAUGCAAAGACUGGCUGCACUGAUGGCUUCAAGUGGCUUAAUUCGACUGAUCCCAAUCCAAAUGUAGCAAUUGGAGGACUUGUUGGCGGGCCCUUCAAAAAUGAAACUUACAUCGACUCUCGGAACAACUCCAUGCAAGGGGAGCCAACCACAUAUAACGGUGCUCUCAUAGUUGGCCUCCUAUCGGGUUUGGUCACCACGUCUUCAGCAGUUCAAUCCUUCUAUUAAAGCUGCUUUGGUACAUAAUUACAAGAUGUUUGUAUUAUAUCUAGCCGUUUGCAUUACCUGGUUCUGUGCAAAUAUGUGAUUUUUGGCUCGGUUGUUCUGAGCUUUCCUGCUCAAUUUGUUGUAGUAAAUGUCAGGUGUAGUUCUUUUCUUGCAGAGUUGCAGUGAUUACUUAACAAUUCGUUAUUGCCUCUAUUGUUUUUUCUUUUUCUUUUUUUAUUCUAUCUUUAAGAAACGUAAUGGAAAGAACAAGAGUAUUAGCAUAUACUCCA